CGAAGAAGACGAACAGGAAAGAAAAGUUAGCGAGACGGUGUAAUUGUUUACUCCGGUUAAUUUAUUCCCUCGCUGUUUGUUCUUAAUUCUGUGCGCGUUUCUUUUGUGCAAACGAGUUUUUCGUGGGGGGUUUUCUUCGUGGUCGCAUGGACUCGCUUUAGUGCAGUUUCAGACUUCGCGAGCUAACGUAGCUGAGCUUGUUGGCAGCGAACAAAGAGAGGCCGACGUUAGCAACACGUCGCUCUGCAAAGGAGAAGGAGAAAAUGAUGUGAUUCGCGUUUGAAAAUGUGUGCAAAAAGUGUCAAAGAAGAAUUCGAGGAAGAAGUUUGUCGAACCAAAGAGGAGAUCGAACAACAACGUCAGCUACUGGACGCCGUUUUCGUGAAGCCUGCAGAUGGAUUGCACAGAGAAGACAUCAGUAAGAAAGAUCUUCAUUCUGAGCGGCAUGAGCGUAACUUCAGGGUGGAUCAGGAGGCGCUGGGGUCUCUGCAUAUUAAAGAGGAAGAGGAGGAGGAGGAUAUCACCACCGUGCCAUUUAUUCGGGUCAUCGUGAAGAGUGAAGGUGAAGAUGAAGAAGGUGACGGAGACCGUUGUGGUGGAUCCCAAGCAGAUAGCGACAACACCACGUCUCCUGGCACUGAUGAUGAUGAUGAUGAAGAACGCUGUAAAGGUGAUACAGCGUGCCGUACUGACAGAAAACGCUGGAAAUGUUCUCAGUGUGAAAAAAGCUUUGGCAACAACUCCGCAUUGAAAAUGCACAUGAGAACACACACAGCAGAGAAACCCUUUUCGUGCUCGGUGUGUGGUAAGGAAUUUUCUCAAAAGGGAAAUUUGAUAAGACACACAAGAACGCACACACGACCCACCACACUGAAGAAACAAUGCUCAGUCUGCGGUAUGCGAUUCCGUCAAAAUUCACAUUUGAGAAAGCACAUGAGAACACACACGGGUGAGAAUUCAUUUUCCUGCUCAGUGUGCGGAAAAGAAUUCUCUCGUAAGUCGGUUUUGACCACACACACGAGAACACACACCGGCGAGAAACCGUUUUCUUGUUCGGCAUGCAACAAAAGUUUUAGUAGUCGCUCGUCAUUUAUCCGACACAAAAAAACACACACUGGUGAGAAACCGUUUGCCUGCUCACUCUGCGGUAAACAAUUCUCUCAAAAGGGCAAUUUGGUGAGACACGCCAGAAACCACACCGAACCAACCACUUUGAAUCCACACUGCUCGGCGCCCGAUGUGAUAGUGAGUCAAAACGCACAUUUGGAAACCCAAGUGAGAAAACCCUCUGGCAAAAAAAAUGCUUCCUGUCAUGUGCGUGUUAAACAUUUCUCUCGUAAGUCGCUUUUGACGAUACACGAGAGAACACGCACGGCAGAAAAAACAUUUUCUUGUUCAGUCUGCAACAAAGGCUUCAGCGGUCGUUCGUCAUUUGUCCGACACAAAAGAACGCACUCUGGUGAGAAACCCUUUCCCUGCUCGGUGUGCGGGAAACGGUUUGGAGAAAAGGCGCAUUUUGUCGUACACACAAGAAUACACACGGGUGAAAAACCUUUUUCUUGCCCGAUCUGCAAUAAACGCUUUAGUGCUUUUUCUACAUUUUCCCGCCACAAACGAACACACACUGGUGACAAGCCUUUCACCUGCUCCGUGUGUGGGAAAAGAUUUGCUUUGAAGACUUACUUCAUGGUACACGCCAGAACACACACAGGGGAAAAACCGUUUUCUUGUUCCAUUUGUCAUAAACGUUUCAGUGGUCGUUCAUCAUUUGUACGCCACCAAAGAACACACACCGGAGACAAACCUUUUACCUGCUCGGUGUGUGGCAAAAGCUUUGCCGGAAAGAAAUAUUUUACGGUGCACAUGAGAGCGCACGCUGGUGAGAAACCGUUUACGUGCUCAGUGUGUAACAAAAGUUUUAGUGUGCAGUCCUCAUUCGUUCGCCACCAAAGAACACACACGGAUGACCGGCCGUAUUUGUGCUUAGUGUGCGGUAUGAGAUUAACUUGUCGUUCACAUUUAGACAGACAUAUGACAACGCACACUGGUGAGAAGAUGUUCAGUUGUAGUGUGUGUGAUAGAAAAUUCUCUCGCAAGGACAAUCUGAAGACACACAAGUGUGCAGGCAAGAAAUGAAGCCGCAGGACCGGCUGUCUACUUGAAGACAACAUGUGCACAUUUGAUGAGUUGAUGUUGCGACAGAGUUGAUAUAAGACGCUUGCUGUCCGACUUCCUCAAGGACUCUUUCGAUAGUGUUGGAACUCGUGACCGUUGUUUCUGGCGCCGCUUCACAAUCACUUUCAGUUCAUUGACAGCUGUGUUUUAUUCAAACGGUCUGUUGUGGAAUUUCUGCACUGGAAAAAUAAAUCUGGAACAG